UAUAAUGAGCCAGCGGAAGAACUGAUGAUGAUGAUGCUGCGCGGAUACAACAACAUCCAUAAUAAAACCGCGACGCGUCGGUAAGAAUCGCGUUCAACCGCCACUGUUGACUGUCUAUGAGCGCACAGGUGCGACGAGCCGUGAAUCGGUGUAUUCUGCAGAUCAGACGCGUUAUCCUGAGGAUCAGAUGGGCUCGCGCGCUCCAGCAUCACAGGCGGACACCGCUUUAUUAUGAUGCAUGAAAACUGAAACCUGAUAGAAGGGAAGAAGGAGAAUGAAACUGCGGAUUGUAGAUAAACAAUGGCAGCAGGGGCAGCGGAUGGUGAUUUAUGGGACGGUCUUCCUCAUCACGACCCUCCUCAUCCUCUACAGCUCAAACAGCUCAGCUGAUCUGAACAGCUCCUUUAAAGUCAGCGAGAUUCACCACACGGUCAAAAACACCAACCUCAAGAAAUGGGCAGGGAAGGAGGGAUACCUUCCUGUUUACGGCAACAAGAGCAUGAUCCUGCGCUGCCAUCACUGUGCAUUAGUGACCAGCUCAAGUCACAUGUUGGGGACUCACGCCGGAGACGAGAUCGACCGCACGGAGUGUGUUAUCCGUAUGAAUGACGCUCCCACCUCCGGGUACGCAUCAGACGUGGGGAACCGGACCAGUGUGCGCGUCGUGGCUCAUUCCAGCGUGUUCCGGGUCGUCCGCAAACCUGUGGAGUUCCUCAAUCGCUCAGACAGCCCUGCCAUCAUAUUCUGGGGCCCGUCGACAAAGAUCGGACGCGACGCAAAGGGAACUCUGUUCCGGCUGAUCCAGAGAGUCAGCAUGACCUACAGGAACCUGUCGUUCUUCGUCAUCUCGCCAGGCAAAAUGCAGAAGUUUGACGCGCUCUUUCAGAAAGAGACCGGCAGAGACAGAAAAAAGUCCCAGUCCUGGUUAAGCACAGGCUGGUUUACCAUGGUGAUUGCCAUAGAGAUGUGUGACAACAUCAAGGUUUAUGGGAUGGUCCCGCCAAACCAUUGUGGGAGACGCCCUCAGCCCAAACGAAUGCCCUAUCACUAUUACAAACCCAGAGGUCCAGACGAGUGUGUGACGUACCUGCAGAACGAGAGGGGGCGCCGUGGAUCACACCAUCGCUUCAUCACUGAGAAACAGGUGUUCGCACGCUGGGCCAAGCAGUACAACAUUAGCUACGCCCACCCAACGUGGUGAGCAACUUAACAAUCCAACGUAUUCCGCCUGGUGAGUUGGAUCCAAAAUGGCGGCUUUUGUAACUGUGUGACCUUCUGAUCCAAAAU